GUUGUGGCAGAGGGACCGAGGACGGACUGACAGGGGAAUGGGACGGGUCAGUGCAACAACUAUGUAGGCGAACGUCUCUGCCACACUCGACAGACAUCAGGGCAAGAGGAGAUGAUGACCUCGGCCAGAAUCGUCCUAGGCUUAGCGCUGCUCUGCACCCUGUUCGUCGUCACUUCAUCAAGAGACCUCGAUGGCGGUUGGAGUCCUUGGUCAUCAAUGGCCACUCCCUGUAGCAAAAGCUGCGGGGGAGGCAUCAACCACCGUGUCCGCUCCUGCACCCACCCGGUCCCCUCAGGUGCAGGGAAACUGUGCACCGCGGAGGACAGCACGGAGAAGGAAGUCGAGUGGAAGACCUACGACUGCAACACACAGAGCUGCUGGGCGAACGAAUGGACGGAAUUCGGAAACUGCAGCAAGGAAUGUGGAAGGGGCUUCAGGUACCGUCGCGCCGUCUGUGGGAAUGUGACCUGUGAAGGUGACCAGUCCAAAGUGGAAUCAGAGAAGUGCAACACCUGGAACAAGACUGCAUGUCCAAGCCCGUGUGAAGAAAUGUCGUGUCCGGAGUACGGCGUGUGCAAGGAUAACUCCACCGAACUCGAUCCCAUUGCAUUCUGCGUUUGCACCAUGGGAUACCAGAUGAACUCCGACAAGACCUCCUGCAUCCGUCCUCCUCCAACGACCCCCACGCCGAGGCCCAUCCCCACCCUGCCGGCGGAGCAGAAGGUGGUCGCAACGGUCAUCUCGAAGUCCGCCUCGACCAUCAUCAUCAUCUUCCUAACGAUUACUCUCAUACUCUUCUUCUUGAUGAGGAUCUUCACGCCUGACAGGGUUAUACAGAUGAACAUGGAGAUCGCCCUCCUGCUAGCCCACGCCAUACUUAUGUUCCCCUUCAUGGAGAACGAGACGCUGUGUCGAGUGAUCUCCAUCCUCAUCCACUACUUCUUCACCGCCUGCUUCAUCUUCAUGAUGCUGGAGUCGCUGCACAUGUACUCACUCGUGGCCUACGUGGUCAAGAAGGACGGCAUGUUCACCCGCCUGCAGAACACUCUCAUCGGCUGGGGCUUGGCGGCGUUCAUCAUCAUGUUCUGCAUGUGCUUCGAGUACGACAACUACGGAGGGGAGUAUCAUUGCUGGCUCCGGAUGGACACGCCCCUUCUCUACGGCCAGUUCAUCCCGGUCGUCGGGCUUGUCAUCAUGACCUUCACCUUGAUCGAAGCCGCAGGAGCCGCUGAGUACAAGCCCUUGAAAGGAAUUGACAAGACGCAGCUUCUGAGUGCCCGCAUCUCCCAGCGGACGAACCUGAUCAUCUUGCCACUUGUCUUCGCCCACUGGAUGGUCGGCAUGAUGUCCGAAUAUGAGCAAAACCUGCCCCUCUACGGUACCUUCUCUGUACUCAACGGCAUAACCGGCGGAGUCAUCUUCUUCCUCCACUGCACCAACAACAGCCAGGUGCGAGCGAAACUAACGGGUAUCUACAAAUCCAUGUGCAAGGGAUCCUCCGCACGCUAAAGGAGACUACAAAAAGGAGAAUAUAAACACACACGUCUUUUCUCCGACUCCGCCUCCGCCUCCGACUGCCCUGGCUGGCUCGUCAGAGGAAGCGGGCAGCAACAGACGAUGAAAGAGGAAUACAGAGUGGAUGAAAUACUUUAACACCUCCUUCUAUUUUCAGGAUUGUAUGUGACUGCACGAGAAAAUAUGGUAUGGGAUUUAAAUUUCACAUGAAAAUUAUGAUUUAGGCAAAAUUAGGAAACCAGAAGUAGUUAUUCUAUGCAUAGUCUACGUAUAUUGUAAUUUUAAAACUGUACAAUUCGGAUUAAGCACUUUAUUGCCUUUUCGUUGGUACCGAUCCCCCUGCCAGCCGUUUGGAGUCAUUAAUGGCGAGGUUGGCCUAGGUUGCAGGCGAAUACGGCAGCCAUGGGGAUCUUUUCCUAAUUUCGCAUCAGUAUCAGACUUCUUAGAAUUCUCUUUCUCUUCAGGAAUGUGGCGUGUAGAUAUAAACUAUUAUUUUACCUGGAUAAUAAGUAACUCCCUUACUGGAUAAUUUCGAGGGAUUUUAUUUCAUUCAAUUUCCAUCUGCUCUGCCUAUGACCCAGUCCCGAGAAAUUGCCGCUAGGGAGUUAAUUGAAGAACCGCUAAUUGGCUUACUCAGAGCAUUUCCAAAAGCUAUUUUCAUAAAACGAUUUUUCCUUUUCUAUCUGACUUCCCAAAAGAAAUAUAAUCAAUUCCAUCGAUGAUAAACUGGCGUUCCACACAAUUUUGGUAAGUCAGUGCUUGAGGUAAAGUCGUUUUCUACGAUAAAGGUAAUAAUAGAAAACGUUACAUUUUACAGAGUAACUUGCCUAAAUUUUGUCUGUAUACGCCACUUUCCUUUGAGAUUGCAUUUUUGACUUACAAGACAUUUCAAAUGCUUGUAACUUUAACUAUGUUGUGUUUAUUGCUAACAGGAUAGCUUUUGUUCUUGAUCAAUGAACUAUGAAUACUGGAAACGCUAGAGGACCCUCUGCAUUAACACGUUUGACUUAGGAAUGUUGCACAGUUAUAGGUUUGUUUAAAGUUUUAAAACAAUAUACCAAAAGUGCCUUAGUGUGUGUUAUGCUCAUAUUAGCUAUGAGCAAAGUUUAUGUGCCUUGAAUAUUAUGAUCAAUUUGUUAUCUGUUACUCGUGUUAUGGUCUUAUCCAAAGCUGAUAUUUAAUUUAGACUUUACCUUUGAGAUUAUAUAUUCUAAGAUAGAUAUAAAACUGUAGAAAUGCAUGAUUGAUCUGAAAUCCCCAUAGAACCAGGAAAGCGAUAUUCUACAUAAUUAACAUAGACUGAAGCCAAGUUACUCGUAGCUAACCACCAAGACCUUUGCUACCCAUGUUAAUCUGAAAACACCAUCUACAGGAGAAUAUCCUUCCCUGGAUCGGAGGAGGAGUGGGCCUUACCCAUCCUUGUAGAGUUGAAUGGAUUGUUUGUCACUAUUUGCUUGCCUCACUGUAUUUUCACUGUUCUCUCUCCCCAAUUUAACCCCAUUGCUUUAGUAAUAUAUAUAUAUGGUUUGGGAAUGUUACCUAUAUUCGUGUGUUGUUCAGAUUUUAUUUAUGGUAGGAAUGACUAUAUAUUUCUAUCGUUUCUUUGCAUUAGGUAUAUAUUGUGAUAUUAUAUUAUAAGGGACAGUUGGUCAAUAUAUGCAUUUGGCUGGAUUACUGAUAACUAUACCAACGUGAAGACCUGUUGGAAAUGCAAAUAUAUUCUGACUGUGUGUACCUGUCUGUGUGAUCAUAUAACCAGUU